AUAUAACUUAUCUAUAGGAAUAUAUAGGGGUGUGCAGCUAUAUGUAGCCCAGGGACGAAUUACAUCGCAUAGACACCGGUGUAACACUGUCCGGGAACACUUAGCAAUCCCUGCACAUAAUUUCUGUAUAUACGUAAUACAUGUGAUGCAUAUCACCUGUGAUAUGCUGUGAGCAUUAUUACAUCAACUUUGAGUGUGGAAGGCUGCUGUAUAUACCAUGGAAAGCCUUACACGAAUGAUACCGAAGGCGAAUAUGCCUAAGCUGAAGGACUAUAAGUUUCAAUCGGGCGGUUCAACUAAGCUUGAUUGUCUGAUCAAUGUAAUAUGGUGGAAUCCUAUCGCUAGCUUGAUUCCGAGAUUCAUAUCACCUAAUGUGAUAACUCUCAGUGGAACGCUAUGUCUUAUUGCCAUGAACUAUUGCAUUUUGGCAUACAUUCCUAAUUUGGAAAGCAGCAAGACACCUGAAUGGCUUCCAUUGAUGAUUGCUGGUUGUAUUCUUCUGUACAUGACACUGGACGGCAUAGAUGGCAAGCAGGCUCGUAAACUCGGUAUGAGUUCUCCAGUGGGUCAGUUACUUGACCAUGGUGUUGAUGCUGUGGUAUCUGUGUUUUACCCUUAUAUGUGUUUUGCCAUAUACCCAGGUGGUUUCAGUUUAACUGUUAUGUUGAUGUGCGCUAUCUCACCUAUUCACGUGCUAUGCACUGUAUGGAGGGAGAGUGAGUUUUCCACGUUCUCUCAUGUUAACGGUAUUAUUGGUGUAACUGAAACCAACCUUGGUAUGAUAGGCCUUCAGUUGAUGGUAUACUACACAAGACCAUAUUUGAACAUGCCCUUGACUAAGGUGUUUGGCCGUAAUGACUACAUCCUCUGGCUUUCUAAGUACACUCCUCGCCUUGUAGAUUUGGAGAUGGUUACUAUGUAUGUCAUAGCCGCCAUGGCAUAUUACGAGGGUAUUAUGGGCGUAAUGAGUCUUUUAAGGGACACUCGUCACAAGUUGAGGUAUAUCGUUUUCAUGUCAUCUGCCAUUUUACAUGCUUCGUCAUCAUAUUACAUGGCUUUUAUAUUGCCAUCCAAAUUCCGGAUAGCAGCAUGCCUCUUUGCUUCAACUUGUUGCGCUAUCAUGUGUGUUAACAAUAUCGUAUGCCUUUUAGGUCACAGCAGGCUGCGUGCAUUUCACUUUGCAUUGCUACCGCAUUACAUUUUGUUACUUCACUACUACGGUGGUAUUGUUUUAAGGAGGUAUGGUUAUCAUGUUGCACCGUUGUCUUCCAAGGAUAUGCACAAGUUGCUUAUCAUCAUUUCGGCUUAUGGCUUCGCCUGCAUUGUCUAUAUAUUCGCGAAGACCAUUAAGGAGGUGAUGGACUACCUCGGCAUUCCACUACUCAGCGUGCCCCGCGGUGCCGCUCAAAAGAAGUCUAACUGAAACUAAGACAUACUAUAAAUUAGUUACCGU